AUGGAGAUUUAUUAUGUAUCACUGGAUGUCCUGAUACUGGCUGCAUUGAUACCUGUCUACUCCUGCGAGUACCAGCAAACCGUUGAAGAUUUUAUCGCGCUCUACCAGAAGGAGCAUCUCGAUGAUAUUCCCUUCUGGCCGCCCCCAGACAAUGCACCUGGUGGAUGCUCGUGUAAUAUCGGAAGAGCCUGCAAGAAGGAGAUUCUGAUCUACGAUCAGCUCACAGCAUGUUAUAACAAUGUGACCAACCUUGAAAGGAUUGGAUAUGAUAUGGAUGAUUCCAUCAGCAAUGUCGAGGCUUGUAAUUGCUGUGCGGAGAGUGCUAUUAGGUCAACAAUUUACGAUACAUGCCCGAACACCAAGCCUUCCGUUAUGGAUGCCGACUGGUGGUUCAACAGAAUCUUGGAGGAGAACAAGUGGACCAUGUGCCGUUUAUACCUCGAUGAUUACGACUGCGCUGGGGAUCUAGGCUACGGUGCUGAGAAUGCUGGUGGUACACAAAAAUUCUACAAUCCCGGGGAAUUUCUCAAGAACGGCACCGAGACCCUCUAUAACACGAAUGGCGUAGUCUCCACGCCCGUCGAUGGAGCCAGUUUUACCUGGACUUACAUCUCAGACGUGCACACGGUCACCGUUAGGUCGACGGAUCUUGCUGUGACGGCCACGAUAACAGAGACUGGCUCUAGCAGUAUAGGGACCGGAACCAACAGUGUAGAGACUGGAACCAGCAGUGCAAAGACUGACGCCGGCAGUACAGCGAUGGGGAUGGGCGUUAUUUCCAGUGUGUCGCCUUGGGGACUUCUUACUCCGCUUGGCGAGUUAGGACUGAGAUUGAUUUGA